AUGGAACAGAACCUAAAGUCACAACACGCCACUUUCACUGAAUCAGAAAAAAUCAAACUAUCUUCAUCAAACAAAGUUCACAACUUCACCUCCACAUCACUGCCACCUGAUGCCAUCUCUUUACUCAACAAAGGAACUAACUUCAUCCCUACCACCACUACGCCAAGCAUCUCUUCUCUCCAAAAGACCAUCGAAUCUGAAGUCAACACAGCCCUCUGUUCCCUCAUCCGCAAGAAAAACCACACCACCAAGCUCAACUCAUCUAAAACCUCCAAAUCACUUCUCCGUUUCCAUCCUUACCGCAAGCAGAUGCAUCCGCUUCCUUUACUACAACAAGAACAAUCACGGCCUCACUUCAACCUUCACCUCAUUGACUAUGUUCACAAUACUGUUUCCUUCACUAAAGAAUUUUUGCAACCUGCUAAAUUGCGUUCUAUUAUUUAUCCUAAAUUAUGUAACACCCUCCCACACACCACAUCUUACAUUACAAACGUACAGAACGACAAUGACGAAAUACUUACAGUUUCUGACAAAAACAUGGGUUGGGCUUUUGUGCCUACCUCAUGGUUCUCCACCGAGUACAAACGACAUUUCUCCGACCUUUCUACCUACAAACGUAUCGACAACUUUAACUGUAAACAAACCAUCACUAACUCCCACACACUACUUGGCCAACUCAAAAAACGAUUCUCUACUGUUAUCACUAACCAGGACAACUCGCGACUGUUGGACCCCACCCCACAAGACAGACUACAACUACCCUACAUGAAACUACUACCUAAAGUACACAAACUCGACAAACCUGCAUCAUACGACAACCUAAACAAACUAACUGGUAGACCUAUUAUCACUGCGCACAGCUGGAUAACAUCCAACCCCUCACGUCUACUGGGAACUGAACUAGACAAUAUUACUUUACAACUGAAAAACCUUUUUGAAGAACGAAACAUACCAUACCCAUUGAUUUACAACUCAUAUGACUUACUGCUUUUAUUAGACAAACUACGUAUUAUCAACAUGUACGAAUUAUGUGUUACAACUUUUGACUUCACAUCACUUUACACAAACAUUUCAUACCAUGACACCACUCAAGCCAUCAUUAAGAGCUGUAAACUGCUUAAUUUGCCUAAUUUUUAUAGGGAUUAUUUGCUUAACCUUAAUAAUUUUAUUAACCAACGUAACUUUUUUAGGGCUGGUAAUACCACCUACCAGCAAAUUAAAGGGGUUGCUAUGGGCAGCUACCAUAGCCGGCAAAUUGCGGACCUCGUGCUCCUACUAAGCGAAUUUUCUUUUUUUUUAAUACUAACUGCCCUACUAAUAGCAUUUUUUUUUUUUCUGCCGUUAUAUAGAUGAUGGAUUUAUGCUAACCAGCAAAGCUAACUUACCUAAUAUAAUCUCUAACCUUUGCAGCUCUUACCCGCCACAAAUACCUCUCACUUUCACAUCAAAUCACCAUACCACUCAUUACCUAGAUCUCACUUUGUCACUCAACCACUUCACCAUCAAGUCCCACAGAGUGCAUCACCAAAUCUACCAGAAACCACACCACAAAUACAUGUACCCUCAUUUUUCAUCUAACCACCCUCAUCAUAUUUUUGCUGGUAUCAUUAAAACUGAAACUAUACGAUACAGUAGACUUUCAGCCACAUUAGACGACUACAACUUCAUUCACCACCUCUUCACACUUAGACUUACUGCCUUAGACUAUCCUUUACAACUGAUCACUGAACAUUCAUUUCCAUGGAUCACACGCACUGCUCACCAGCGACGCCUCAAAAACAAACAGACCAAUAACGUUACCAGACCCACUGUUUACUACAAGACUCUAUACAACAAAGACAAACGAACAGACAAACUGGUCAACAACAUUCUACUCAAAUACCACAACCCACACAUACCGAAACUCUCAAAAGCAUACUGCAACUCUACUAAACUCCACACACUCCUUCUUACUAAUAAAAUGUUACACCAUAAAUUAAUCCUAUUUAAUAAUUCUACCACUUAA